AUGGAUUUCAGCAUGCAAGAAGACUCCGGCGCGUUUAGCAUGUUCGCCGGUAUUAUCAUCGGAGUGGUCUCAGUGCCCAUUAUCCUCGCUGUAUUUGGAUUUGGAGCUCGUGGUGUAGUUCCACGCUCGCGAGCUGCCUCUUGGAACAGAAGCAUCGGAGGUAUCAUUGCUUCACGAAGUCUAUUCGCCUUUUUACAGAGCGCAGGCACCGGUGGCUACGCCAUGUUUAAACUACAGAUUCUAGCGGGUAUCUUAGGUGCGUGCAUAGGGCUGCUUUACACCCAUUUCAGCAGCUGGAGUGGCAGAGUCAAGGAUCAUUAG